GUAAACAAAAUGAUCAUAUUGGCAUUAUGUAGCAGGUUGUAGCUGGUUAUACCCAUAAAUGUACCCACAUAAUAAACAAAUUACUAUUAGAAAAUUGAAAGAUGAUAAUGUUCUAAAAACAUAUCUUUAUCAUACAAAUUACACUAUUAAGUUCCAAGCAAUUGGGUAAAAAGAAUUCACAAUUGAGUAAGGAAGGAAAAGCUAUGUAUCAUAUAAGUAUGUAAA